AUGAUUACAUUCCAGCUGGGGAUUUUCAAGCCGAGGUGCGUCAGUUAUCACAGACACCUGCACGAUGCGCUUUUUAUCAGCGUUCUGUGCGUGUGGAUUGUUGGAUCACUCUGCGUUAAGGAUAUACCGACAUCCCAUGUAGUCGCUGUGGAGGGUGAUGGCACAUAUUUACCCUGUGACAUAUCGACGAAUGAUGAAGGCGACUCAGUUCACCUUGUCCUCUGGUAUCGUGAGGACCUCGAUGCAUCGGUAUACAGUUUGGAUGCCCGCGGGCGAGACUUUGGUAUUGCUGAGAGAUGGUCGGACAACGCCGUUUUCUCCAAUAGAGCCUAUUUUCUACCGGAUGAAAAACCAGCGAGGCUUGCAGUUGAUAGAAUACGGGAGGAGGACGCUGGUAUCUAUCGGUGCAGGGUCGAUUUCAAAAAGGGACAGACGAGAAAUUCUAAAGUCAAUCUUACGGUUAUAGUACCACCUCAGGAAAUUGUGAUAACGGAUGAGAAUGGCGUUACGAGAUCGUCUCAGGUUGGGCCGUAUCUCGAAGGCAGUGAUCUGGAGUUGCACUGCGAUGUUUACGGGGGAAAACCGAGUCCCACUGUCGCCUGGUAUCGGAAUAAACAGAUUUUCACGGAUAAGGCUGAAACGGUACAGCAGGGGAUCAUCCGGAGCACUAUGGUCAUCAAGAAUUUGGCAAGGCGGGAUGUUUAUACGGAGCUGACGUGUGCGGCCACCAAUUAUAACAAGUCGACGCUCUUGUCCGCUACUGUGGGCAUUGAGAUGAAUUUGGAUCCCCUCGACGUCAACAUUCUCAAUGCCAACAAGCCGCUGUCCGCCGGCAAGCACUACGAGUUAACCUGCGAGUCCUACGGUUCGCGUCCUCCCGCCUUAGUCACCUGGUGGUGGGACGGCGAGCACCUGAAGACCGCUCACGAGUCGACGUCCAACGACGGCAACAUCACCAAGAGUUUUCUCUCCUUCACCCCAUCGAAGACCGACGCGGGGAGACGCUUGUCCUGUCGCUCGGAGAACCGUGAGCUGUCGAUGGGUCCAAUAGAGGACGAGUGGAUCCUCGAGAUCAACUACAAGCCAGAAACCAAAAUCCAGCUGGGCACAUCGCUGAACAGAAACGCCAUCCGCGAGGGAACAGACGUCUACUUUGACUGUCUGAUCAAGGCUCAACCACCGGUCUACAAGGUAGAGUGGCGGCACGAGGGACGGACGCUGCACCACACGAUACCCCAUGGAAUCAUCAUAAGUAAUCAGUCUCUGGUGCUGCAAGGGGUGGAGAGAAAAAGCGCGGGCAACUACACCUGCGUGGGGUACAACACAGAGGGCGACGGGGAGAGCACCCCCUUCCACCUGAACAUCAUGUUCGCACCGACGUGUAAGCCGAAUCAAAUGAAGAUUCAUGGUGUUGCCAAGCAGGAGAAAGCCAACAUCUCGUGUCAGGUUGAGGCUAAUCCACCGCAGGUUGAGUUCAAAUGGACCUUCAACAAUUCAGCUGAAAGCAUUGAUGUCGCUGCGGGUCACAUCGCCAAGACAGGGAUCUCCUCGGUGGUCUCCUACACUCCAAUGACGGAGUUGGAUUAUGGAACGCUUCUCUGUUGGGCUAGUAAUAUCAUAGGAAGCCAACAAGUACCUUGUGUCUACCAUAUUAUACCUGCUGGCCAUCCUGACAUGGUCCACAACUGUUCGACUCACAAUACUUCUACGAGUUCUUUCUCGGUUCGAUGUAGUGAAGGCUUCAACGGAGGUCUACAGCAGUCCUUUCUCCUUGAAGUUAAGGAGAGCAAUAGUCAGGAGUUGAGGGCCAACUUGACUUCGGUUGUUCCCCACUUCAGUGUGACUCAUUUAAACCCUGGAAUGCUGUAUCAGGCCUGUAUUUACGCUUUCAAUGAGAAGGGACGGAGUGAACCCAUGGUCGUGCAAGCCGGGACAUUGAGACUCCCGGAGAAACAGCUGACGAGUGACAAUGGGAAGUCUAGGGAGAGACCCAGGCAUCAUGUCAAGUUGACGCCCAUGUUGAGUGUCAUGAUUGGCGUUGUUGCGGCACUCGUCAUUGUCGCUGUCAUUGUCAUUGUCGUUCUGAGGAUUCAGAAUGGUAAUCCUGAUGAUCAGGGCAAGCCACAUCUCGAGGAGCAUCACAAGAGCUCGAAGAGCAUACCCAUUCAGAGGGAGUUGAGAUUUCGGGAGGGGUGUAGUUUGAUAACUGAGGAGAAGCAUGUCAGCACGGCGUUUGUCAAGUCACUGGAGGCUAGUGGUGAAAUCAGUGAGGGGGAUGAUAAGAAUCCCGAUAUCAUUCCUCAGCAAGUCGCCAGUGGGGGGGAGGAACAGCAAAUUGAGUUUGUGAGGAAGCACAGACUCCAGGCUGUUUCGACUAUUGAUACCUCGCCGUCGAGGGCUAGGUGUAGUUUAAUUGAACAGGGAAGUGGACCUCCUACUUCUAUGAGUGGACAUGGCAGUUAUGCUGGGUACUGCACCAUUAGGAGCAGCAUGCCCUUGAGGGAGCUUUCUGCUAUGUCCUCGAGUAAACAUAAGAGUUUCCAGCCAAUGAUGACCUCAGACGCGGUAUAUGGAACAGGCGUCUGCACGCUACCUCGUCAACAUUGGCCGAGUCACUCAACUCCUCAGGCCAUGACAAUGAGCACCAUGACCAUGAAUCCACCAGCUGUUUUAUACACUGGCCUGAGCAUUGUUGGCCGUACAUGUCCCAGUGCUACGAUAGUCACUAAGGACAUGGAGCCAACCAAAAUUCAAGGCCCACGACUCGCUACCAUACAAGCAUCCAAGGAUUCCAACACGUCCAUGACAAUGCCACAAGUCACAAAGAGGGAGAGUUCUGUGUGACCUGGUUACCCUGGGGGAAUUCUCGACUACUCAAUUGUCAUCCUCAUCACUUCAUCACAUUUAUCUCGUGGGUUUGGCUGUUUUGGGGUUCAUCCCUUUGUCAAGAUCAUUUUUUUAGGGAAUGAAGGGGCAGUUUUUUUGGAUGGGGAUGAAUUACAGUUUUUCCGAAAAAGAAGAGGCGAUAUCGCAUUGGUGGAAAUGUCAUUGAUUGAAUCACAUUCACUGCCCUCUUCACCCAAAAUUGGUUCAUUAAUUAUAUUAAUUAUCAAAAAACAUGAUUGCAAUGAUUAUUACUGAAUAAUUUCGUAAUUAUUUGGUAAUAAUAAUGCUCGACUAUUAGGUGAAUCGACAGAGAAAUACGAGAGCUGAGAGUUUUUGAAUGAUUGAAUAUUUUUAAACAAAAACACAACCAGGGCGCAAUGAUAUUAAUGAUGAAUACCAACUAAGAGUAAUACUCAGCAUAAUAAUUACAGUACUAAGUUGAUAUAAUUAAUAUAAUGAUAAUGAUAAUGCAGCCAUUGAGAACGAAUAAAUUACGUGAUUUUUCGCCACAUGUAAAUAUCUUUGUCAUUUAAAUAUUUUAUACGUGAAUUGUCAGCCUCGUUGAUUUGUUUUUUCAAUCAUCAAUGACUAAUUUAAUUCGCAAAAAAUGGAGCAAAAUGGAGUAAAAUUGUUCAAAUUUUCAUAUCUUGUGAUUGAAAGAUGCGAUUUGGAUGA